AUGUCGGUGAAUUUGAGUUCGAGAGGAAGAACAGUAACCCGAGAAACCAGUCCAGAGAGAACCAAAGUUUGGAUCGAACCAAAACCCAAAACGAACAGAAAAGUUUCCGUCGUUUACUACCUCUCCCGUAACGGCCAACUCCAACACCCUCAUUUCAUGGAAGUUCCUCUUUCUUCAUCUCACGGACUCUACCUCAAAGACGUAAUCAUUCGCUUGAACUUGCUUCGUGGGAAAGCCAUGGCUACUCUGUACUCAUGGUCCUCUAAAAGGAGUUACAAAAACGGUUUCGUUUGGCAUGAUUUAUCCGAGAACGAUUUCAUAUAUCCAACGCAAGGUCAAGACUACAUUCUCAAAGGAUCUGAGAUUCUGGAUCACGUUGCUCCCACCGCUCCAACGCCGUUUGAGGAAGAAUCUGAUUCUCCAGUGAUGAUUAGCCGGCGGCGUAACCAAUCAUGGAGUUCGAUUGACUUAAACGAGUACCGAGUUUAUAAGUCAGAAUCGUUGGGUGACUCAGUUGGAAACAUCGCCGCGGAUGCGUCGACUCAGACGGAGGAGAAACGGAGGAGGAGAAGAGUUGUGAGAGAGAAGGAAGAUGAAGAUGAAGAUGAAGAUGAGAAAGGGAAGAAUGGAAUUGAAAAUCAAGAAGUUGAAACGGUCCCACACGUUGAGUGUAAUGAAAAUCAGAGUACGGAGCUGAGUAGGGAAGAGAUCUCGCCUCCACCGUCGGAUUCGAGUCCAGAAACAUUGGGGACACUUAUGAAGGUAGAUGGACGGCUGGGAUUACGAUCUGAGGUUAUCGCAAAAGAGAAUCCGACGGUUGAAAGCUGUGCUAGUGGAAGGAUGAAAGCUUCAUCAGUACUCUUGCAGUUGUUAUCGUGCGGUGCGGUUUCUUUCAAGGAGAGUGUGAGUAAAGAUCAAGGGUUCUCAUUACUCGGGCACUACAAGUCCAGAUUACCCCGCGGAGCAGGGAAUCAUGAGGGUAAAGAAGUAGGGACAUUGAUGGAAAUUCCUGAAUUGAGCAGAGUGAGACUGGAAGAUAAAGAGUAUUUUAGUGGAAGCUUGAUUGAAACCAAAAAAGUGGAAGCUCCUCUUGCAUUCAAAAGGUCCUCUUCUUACAAUGCUGAUAGUGGUUCCCGGUUGCAAAUCAUUGAGCAUGAGGAAGAUACAGUGCGAGCAAAGUGCAUACCAAGGAAAUCCAAGACACUAGCAACAAAGAAAGAAGAUGGUACUUCAAGUUCCAUGGAUAGAGUUAGCCGUAGCCAACAUGGAAGCAAAAGAUUCGAGGGAUAA